UGUGUAAAAAAUAUUACAAUUUCUCUUUAUAGAAAAUAUUUAAAUAAACAAAAAUAUUUACUUAUAAAAGAAUUUCUAUUAUUUCCUUGCAACAUUUUAAGCAUCAAAAGAAUUAAUUUAUAAAAAUUUUGAAACAAAUAACAAGCGGUUUUCAACAAAAACUAUUAAUACACAAUAUCUGAAGAAAAACGGUUAACACGGUCAGCCUUAUAAUGAAGGCGAUAGGUGUUCUGAAAAGAUGAUCGAAGCAUUUGCUAAUCACUUGGGCAGUCAUAUAGGCAGACAUUUAUUUUACUGGGCCACUACAACAGCUCCAACAGAUCACAAUUCUUUGGAUACGGAAACGGAUUACGGCCUCAAGCUGCGCAUCUCAAAUUUAAUUAAUAAAUUCCAUGGACCACUGGAACGUGGCGUACAGAUACUCGAUCAUCUGUUAACAUUGGAAGAAGAAGAUUUCAAUGAUCACUGGGGCUCUGCAUACAUACACAAUUAUGAACCGGAAAUAUUGGGUAGGCGGGAAGAGCAAUAUAAUGCAGGCGGGAGAGUAGAUGGUAAUCAAGAAGUUUUAUAUUAUAAUGGCAACAAUAACAAUAAUGGCGGUGUAACACAUCGGCAAAAUAUUGCAAGAGGAAAUAUGGAAACUUUGAAUAAUGGCAAUGGUAUGCUACUCUCCCCACCACACAAUAAUUCAGGCCAUCAACAACAACAACAACAGCAGCAACAAUCAACACGUGGUGGCGGUGGAGCUUCGGCAACAGCUACAACAGCAGCAUCGGCCAGUGUGGCUACAGCUGGCGGAAAUGAAAGAAGUGUUAGUAGCAGUAGUGCAGCUGCUCCGUCUGCUUCAGCAGGAGAAAAUAAUUUACAAAUAACACAGCCAAUUAGUGCGCCAUCGUCACCGCUAGCCUCACCAGGAGCUAUAAGUCCAACAUCAUUUUGUUUGCCAUCUAGUUCAACGGCUGCUGUGGCAACAUCAAAUGGUAGCGGUUCAUAUGUGUGUCCGAACGGUUCUAAUGCUGGCAACAUGUCAUAUGCAAGUGUAGGAGCAUCGAAUGCAAAUGAUACAGCAGAUCCUAAUUGGCAGGCUACGAAGGCAACGGUAUUAGAACGUAAUGCGGCCAUGUUUAAUAAUGAAUUAAUGUCCGAUGUUACAUUUGUAGUGGGUGAUGAUUUUGAUACUGUUCAAACCAUACCAGCUCAUAAAUAUAUAUUAGCUACUGGCAGCUCGGUAUUCUAUGCCAUGUUUUAUGGUGGUUUGGCUGAAAACAAACAGGAAAUUAAAGUGCCAGAUGUAGAACCUUCUGCCUUUUUAACACUAUUAAGAUACUUAUAUUGUGAUGAAAUACAAUUGGAACCUGAUAAUAUAUUAGCCACUUUAUAUGCAGCCAAAAAAUAUAUUGUACCACAUUUGGCAAGAGCCUGUGUGAAUUAUUUAGAAGUAAAAUUGACUGCAAAAAACGCCUGUCUACUUCUCAGUCAAUCACGUCUUUUCGAAGAGCCCGAACUGAUGCAACGUUGCUGGGAAGUAAUCGAUGCUCAAGCCGAAAUGGCCAUUAAAUCCGAAGAUUUCGUUGAUAUCGAUUUAAAAACAUUCGAAUCGAUUCUAUGGCGUGAAACACUAAAUUGCAAAGAGAUUCAUCUCUUUGAGGCGGCUUUAAAUUGGGCUCAAAAUUGUUGUCAGAAAAUGCCUAUCGAUAAUACUCCCCAAAAUAUGCGUAAAGUUUUGGGACAAGCUUUGCAUUUAAUACGCAUACCCACCAUGUCAUUGGAUGAGUUCGCCAAUGGUGUAGCUCAGACUGGUAUCCUAACGUCACAAGAAACAAUUGAUAUGUUUUUGCAUUUCACUGCUAAAUCGAAGCCAACAUUAAAUUUUCCAACCAAGCCAAGAGCUGGUUUAAAAACACAAGUCUGUCAUCGUUUUCAGUCGUGUGCGUAUCGCUCGAAUCAGUGGCGUUAUCGUGGACGCUGUGAUAGCAUACAAUUUUCAGUUGACCGAAGAAUUUUUAUUGUUGGUUUUGGUUUAUACGGUUCAUCAACUGGUGCUGCCACCUAUAAUGUUAAGAUCGAAUUGAAACGAUUGGGACGUACUUUAGCCGAAAAUGAUACAAAAUUCUUUUCUGAUGGUUCCAGCAAUACAUUUCAUGUAUUCUUUGAAAAUCCCAUACAAAUUGAACCCGAAUGCUAUUAUACAGCAUCGGUUAUACUUGAUGGCAUUGAACUGUCAUUUUUCGGACAAGAGGGUAUGUCAGAGGUUUGCAUGGGUAAUGUAACAUUUCAGUUUCAAUGUUCAUCGGAAAGUACCAAUGGCACAGGAGUACAAGGUGGUCAAAUACCAGAACUAAUAUUUUAUGGUCCAACAACAAUGACAUCAAUGAAUUCUCCCACACAAUCGAUGUGUGCCAGUCCAGUGGGUGAAUUAGAAGGUACUAGUGGUUUAGGCUCGGGACAAGCGAAAAGUAAUCGUAAUUCUAGUGAUUUAACAGUAAAUUGUGAUGAUUUAUUAGCAGCAAGUUCUAGUUCAGAUGGAGUUGGAGCAGUUGGUGCUUCAAGUAAUUAAUUAAUAAGUUAAAUAUAUGCACACAUUCACACACAUACUACAAAAAAAAAUGGAAACAAAUUUGCAACAUAAUGGUUUUUUUCUCUCAUUAGUAUAAUAUAUAUUAUAUAAAUUACAUAUACAUAUAUAUAUAUAUAUAGAAAAUAAUUAAUCUGAAAACCAAACAUUAAUAUAAAAACGAAAAUAUAUUACAUUUUUAACAUUAUUUUUGGAAUAUCAUAUAAUAGAAGAUGAAAAGAUAAAGUUUAUAAUAAACCUAGCAAUGAAGCUAAGAAAAUGCGUAGAAAGAAAGACAUACUUUUGUUAGAAAUGAUACAAAACGACCUAUUUAUAUUGAGGGAACAUUUAAGUCUGUUUAAUUCCAAAACUAUAUAUUGAAUUUACUAAUAGAAAAAUAAUACUAAUGAUACUUGAAAGCAAUAUUUGGAAACAUACAUAUGCUUGAAUUUUUCUCAUUUAAACAGCAACAUAAAAGGCAAACAAGUCAUAAAGUAAAACAUUAUUGCAAUAAAUGAAUUAAAUACUUACUUACAUACAUACAAAGGCAAUCAAUUAUUCUAGUUUAUAACUUAUUAAAAGACACAUAAUUCGAAAUAUUUUUAAAUAUUAACAACUAAAAGUAAAAACAACUGGGAUCUUACAAAACAAAAAUCUAAACGAAAAAGCAAAAUUAUAUACCUUCAAAAAUAGCAACAACUCAUAUACUUAUAAUAUACAAACAUACAUAUACAUAUAUCUAUAUAUAUUAGAGAAAAAAAAACAAGACAAAGAAAAAACUUUUUCAUUAUGAACAAAAUAAACCUAAAACAAUAUACAUUAAAACGUUAAAGUAGUUUAAACAUUUUUGACAAGUUAACAAAAUUAAUUAAAAUACCUUUUGGACAAUUUAGUAAAACAAAGCAUAUUUACUCAAAAACAAAAUAUUAUAUACACUUAGGACUGUGUUAUAUUGGAGAUAUUUAUGGUAAUAAUUAUAAUAGUUGAUUUUAAUUGGAAAUAGUUUUUCAAGACAAGAAUUUCUUAUAUAAUUUAUCUAAUAAAUCUCUAAUAUAAUGAAGCCUAAAUGAACACUAAAAUAUUAAUAUUAUUCCAUUAAAGAAUUUCAAAUAUAUUAUACUACCAGACUUAUUAAUUAACAGCAUUAUAAUAUUGCAUUACAAUGAUUACGAAAAAAAAACGUAAUCGAAACAAAAUUCAAAGUUACAAAAAUAUAAUUAUACAAUUAUUUUGCAUUUAUUACACUUCCGUUCAAGUGAAAUUUGUUUAUUUUUUUCUUUCACUAUUGACUAAUAAUGUUAUAAGUAAUAUUAUUAGCCCUUUUUAGUAUUUUAGUAAAAUCUCAUUAUAUUUUUGUUUUGCUUUUAUUUUUUAUAUUUUAGAUUUUUGUAGAUUUAUUUGUAGUUUUAGUUUUUUAUUUUAAAGUAUGUGUGUUUUGUUUACCCUGAUUUUUUUAUAUUGUUUCACAAAGGAUAUUUUUCUUAAGCUAUAAUUCUGAGAGACGAUCGAUCAAUGCCUCUGGUACUGAUUUUUUUUUAAGAUUUUUUCCUAUUUUUGUUUAAGUAUAAUUAUAUAGUUCGAUAAUGAAUUGAAUUUAAUAAUAAUAACCUAUUUUAUUCAAUAAUAAAUAAUUGAAAAAAAAUUUUAGA